AUGCCGAACAGGGAAGGCUGUUUCUCCCCCAUCAGCCCAGAGGCAUGUCCCCUUGUGCAGUCUUUCAUGUGCCACAACCGAACGUUCAUCCUGGACGGCCACGUGCAGCUGAAGACAGGUCUGCAAACCCAGGAGCGACACCUUUUCCUCUUCACAGACCUUCUGGUUGUUGCCAAGUACAAGUCGCACUCUCAUUUCAAACUAAAGUGCCAAGCACGUCUCUGUGAGAUGUGGACAGCGUUUUGUACAGAAGAAGUCUGUGAAGGGAGCACAGACCCAGAGAGGUCCUUUGUUUUGGGCUGGCCCACCACAAACUGUGUGGCAAAUUUCAGGUCUGCAGAACAAAAGGAAACAUGGCUGUCUUUUUUGCAAAGUCGAAUAAGAGAAGAGAAGGAAAAAGACUAUCCUAAAAGCAUUCCUCUGAAGAUAAUUGCAAAGGACUUGGGAACUUGUGCAUAUUCAAAAACCGUAAGUGUAACCAAUGUUGAUACAGCAAAUGAUGUAAUUAUGAUGGCCCUGCAACAGCUGGGAAUUAAUGGCUCUGAAAAAGACUACAAGCUGUGGGUGAUUUCAGGAAGAGAAGAUGCUCCUUACCCUCUUAUUGGCCACGAAUAUCCCUUCGGAAUUAAAAUGAGCCACAUUCGCGACGCUAUGCCGCAUGGAUCAAAGCACUGUGCCUGUCCCAGGCAGCUUCAGGGCCCCUUCUUGGCGGAGCAGCUGCCCCAGGAGCUGCAGUGCCAGUUUGUGCUGAAGCCCAGCCGCCUGGCCCUCUGCCAGCCGCUGAACGACUUAAGCCAAAAGUCAUUUAAAAGGAAAAGAUCUAUCAUAAAUUGGGCUUUUUGGCGUGGCCCAGGCACUCACUUGGACAAUGCACCCCUCUCCUCAACAUCUGCUGCUCCUGGGAAGCUCUUUGGCCUCUUGCUAACAGCCAUCUGUGAGGACGACAACCUGCCCAAACCCCUCCUGGACAUGCUUUCCCUCCUUUACCAAGAGGGCCCUUCCACUGAGGGUAUUUUCAGACGCUCUGGAAGUGCAAAAACCUGCAAAGAGCUCAAGGAGAAGCUUGAUUCAGGCGCUGAAGUGGACCUAGCCUGUGAAUCCAUAUUUGUGACAGCAUCUUUGUUUAAGGAUUUUCUUCGCAACAUCCCAGGCAGCAUUUUGUCAUCCCAGCUCUGUGAUAAGUGGGUUUCUGUGAUGGAUCAAGGAAAUAAUGAAGAGAAGAUAAAAAGCAUCCAAAGGUUAAUAGAGCAGCUCCCGAGAGCUAAUGUUGUUCUCUUACGUUACAUCUUUGGAGUACUGCAUGGUAUAGAAAUGCGAUCUGAAGAGAAUCAGAUGAAUGCAUUUAAUCUGGCUAUCUGCAUUGCACCUAGCCUGCUCUGGCCUCCUGUUGCCUCCACUCCUGAUACGGAAAGUGAAUUUACAAAAAAGAUUUCUAAUCUGGUACAGUUCCUCACUGAGAAUUGCUGCAGGAUUUUUGGAGAGGAAAUUAACUCCCUCUUUGGAGAAGUACUGAUGACAUGUAAGAGAGAGAACAGCUCAGAUGCUACUUCUCUCCAUCUGAAUGACUCUUCCUACGACAGCCUGGAAAACGAGGCGAACGAUGAAGCUGACUCUUCUUCUAGUGACUGGAUUAAGAACCGCGAUCAGGAUAACAGGAGCAGGGAGUCUGUCUUCACUCUGAGCGACGGUGAUUCAGAGCAGACAGAGGUAGAUGAUAUCCAAAGGAAAACCAAAUUGAAACAGUUGACAAUUUCUGUUGACGUACACCAUAAGUUUUCAUCGCAAGAAAACUCAGAGAAUGAGUCUCUCCGCUCCAGUGCACUGGGCUUGUCUUCAGCAGCUACCUCAGGGGCUCUCAAAUCCUUGAGGAGACACAGGCGCUCCUCAGAGCCCGCCAUCGGCCUCCUUGCCCCCAGCUUUGCCUGUAUUGGCGAUGGUCAUGAGAAGGCAGCACGCAAAGCCAGCUGUGACGUUGUUUUGUCUCAUGAAGAUGAAGACUAUGUCCGUCAGCUUCGGUCACUGCAGAUGGAAGGGCAAAAGCUUAUCAAUCAGAGCUUGAUUAUAGGGAUUAACAUUGGUAAAAAUGACAACACAAACCAAAACGUUGAAAAGAAAGACUUGUCCCAUUGCCUCCUGCCUCCAAUGCCAGAAGGGUUAAAUAUUUGCUCAGGAUUUAGCUCUUCUAGCCUGUCUUCUCCUGGGACAUCUCCGUCUGUCUCGUCAAUGAGCUCUUUGGACAGUGCUUUCUCUCAGUUUUCAGACCAAUCUGUGUUUACCCCAACUGAAACCUCCUCCCCUUUUGAUAGCACUUUUCAGUCGCUAAAGAAACACGAAGACACUGCCACUGAAGCGGCUGAUGACUAUUUGGUUACACCUACCAAGGUGCCACCAUCUCCGCAACCUACUGAUGCUUUGGCUGAGGGGGCCUUGGUGGAGUCCAACAGCAGGCCAGCGCCCCAGAAACCUACUGACAGAGUUGACGGCUAUUUGAUUAAGCCUGACAUUCAGCCAUUACCUCUGAAAGUCACAGGAAGAGACAGACUUCAUGAUCCAGAUCAAAGAGGAGGUCUAGAAGAGCAUUACAGCAAUCCAAAGUUUGAAGAGACUGACCAAAGCUUUUUGCAGAGGAAUCUUAACGCUUAA